UCCCUCAUCUCCUGAACUCCAACCUGCCACGACCUUUAUGCCAACACUCCCUCAAUAACACUCCAAACUGUGACACGUCCUAUCCGUCUCAGCUUCUCACCAUCCCACCCCCGACAACCCCCUCACGAUAUCCCCACCAUGGCCUCCCAAAAACUCACCUCCGCAUUAUCGGAGAUCGAAGCCUCGACCAACACGCCCACCAAGCUCCAGCAGUACAUCGACCUCCUCACCGAGCUCGUCAACACGACACCACCCACCCAGCUACCCCAAGACCUAACCGCCUACCUAGACUCGAUCCUCAGCGAAAGCCUCAGCAUCGUCGCCGCGCGGCCGCUCCUCGACCACUUCGUCACGCUCCUGCGGCCGCUCCCCUCGCCCACCAAGAUCACCGUCGGCCAACACGCCGUGGCUCUGCUGCAGUCGCGCUCGACCUCGGUGGAGGAACAAGACGCCUCGAUCCGGGAGAUCCUGGCGGACGCGUACGAGGCGGAGGAGGACUACCUCGCAGCAGCGCGAGCGCUGCAGGGGAUCCACAUCGACAGCUCGCAGCGGCAGGUGACGGACCUGGCGAAGGUACGGCUGUGGAUCCGGAUCGUGCGGCUGUACCUGGAGGAGGACGACACGACGAGCGCGGAGGCGGUGCUGAACCGGAUCAAGAACCUGCCGACCAAGAUCGUGGACCCCGAGCUGAAACUGCACUUCAAGCUGGCGCAGGCGCGCGUCUUCGACGCCCGCCGCCGGUUCCUCGACGCCAGCCAGGAGUACUUCGGGGUGAGUCUGGCGGCCGGCCUCGUGGACGAGGCGGACCGGUUGCACGCGCUGGCCGCCGCCAUCCGCUGCGCGGUGCUGGCCCCCGCCGGGCCCCAGCGCGCCCGCCUCCUGGGCACCCUGUACAAGGACGAGCGCGCCACCUCCGUGGACGAGUUCGCCAUCCUCGAGAAGAUGUUCCUCGAUCGCUUGCUCGUGCCCGCCGAGGUCGCCGCCUUCGCCCUGCGGCUGGCCCCCCACCAGCUGGCCGUCACGGCCGAUGGCUCCACCGUGCUGGAUAAGGCUGUCGUCGAGCAUAACCUUGUCGCCGCGAGUAAGCUCUACGAGAAUAUCACGACGGACGCGCUGGCUGUGAUUCUGGGGCUGCAGGCGAGCGGCGAGUUUACGGCGGGCGAGAAGGCCGAGGCGUAUGCGGCGCGCAUGGUGGAGCAGGGUCGGUUGAAGGGGACUAUCGAUCAGAUCGAUGGGGUCAUCCACUUCGAGGCGGCCGGCUCGUCGUCGGUCGCCUUCGGGAGGCAUAUCCGGCAGUGGGACGCGGGCGUGCAGAGUCUGGCGGAGGAUGUAGAGCGCGUGGCUACGAGUAUCACAGAGGCGUUUCCGGAAUUUGUUGCUGAGCAGGCGGCGGUGCAUUGAGGGGUUCGGUCGUUCAUGGGCGCGGCUCCGUGGGAAAAGGGGCUCUUGUCAGUUGCGCACAUUGGGAUCUCGGCCGGCUGACAGGUAAGGUCUGAAACAAGGAGUGUCAUCAGAUAGGGAAGAGGAUGAUGGGGGAAGGAUACAAUAAAUCAUAAUCUUCGUUGCGGUCAUUAGCGUUCGUCUAUUCUAAGUUUUCUGUCCUACGAGAUUAACAUGCCGAGAGUA